AAACGCAUUCACUUAGCUAUCUUCUAGAUCAUGUAAAACCAUCAAAUAUAUGGCGCAUGUUACACCAGUUGACUGCUAAUGUGUUUUGGACUGGUAUCCACACAUAUAUUAAUAACAAACAAUAUAAUCAAACAAAUAAUUUAUGGAACAUUAUGCAAAUUGUCUUACGUACGUAUCCAGAUAAUUCAAGCGAAUCUUUUAUAAAAGGAUUUAUAUCUGAUAAGAUAGCGGAAAAAUAUUAUCCUGUACUAUACGUGACACGCAGUUAUUUGAAAAACUUGACAAUAUUCGAAUACCUCAAUUUUGAUUAUAAUGGCGAGGAUACAGAACAUCUCUCAGCAUUCGUGACAUAUACAACAAAAUCAAUCAUGAACUUUCAAGACAUUUAUCUUAAUAAUUCGUUAAGGAUAGCACCACAAGGAUUGGAAACAUUAUCGGGAAUAUUGGAUAAAGAUGAUUGGAUUAUAGUCAAUUUACAAAAAAUAGGAUACUAUCGUGUUAAUUACGAUACUGAAAAUUGGCGUAAACUUGUGCAAUACAUGAAUUCUACGAAAUAUAUCAACAUACAUGUUCUUAAUCGGGCUCAAAUUAUAGAUGAUGCUUUUCACUUCUUCAUACAUAAACAAAUUGAUUAUGUUACGUUUUGGAACAUUUCUGCAUUUUUGUCACGAGAAACGAAUUAUGUGGUAUGGUAUUCUAUGUUUAAAGCUUUUGAACAUAUGACUGUUCUGAUUUCAAUUAAAGAUGCUAACAACGUAAUGGAAAAUAUGAAAAAAAUAUUGAGUGGAGUUCUGGAUCGAAUAAAAUACGAAUCACAACCAUACGAAAGCGAUCUCAUCGAAUGUUUAAGAGAGGAGGCCGUAAAAUGGGCAUGUAUUAUUGCAAACAAAGAAUGCAGAGAAGUAGCCAAUAUGCAAAUGACAAGAGAUCUAUAUUCUGAAAGUGGCAUUUUUGUAACGCAAUCGGAAUGGAAAGAAUGGAUGUAUUGUAAUGGUUUGGUGUCAGCGAACAGCACCAUUUGGUAUGACGUAUGGAACAAAUGGGCAGCAACACCUAAUGAUAUAAAAUUUUUAGAAUACUUAACUUGCAGUGAAAAUCCUGCAGUUAUUUCUAAUUAUCUGCUGGUGAAUUCGAUUAAUAAUUUUUUGUUACAACACAACAAUACACGUGCUCACAUAUUUCUUCUUACCGUUGCGAGGCAUGCAAGAAAGGAUAAAGUUUGCGAUUUUAUUUUACAAAAUCUCAUUGAUAAUACAUUUAUGUUCAUCUCCAACACGCAAACCGACAAUAUUGCAACAUUAAUUGUCAUUAUUACGCAUCAACAUGCUGUAGAGCAAUUGAAUAAGAUAUCUGUAUUCGUAAAAACUAAAUUAAAAGAAGAGCGACUAGUUGAUGCUGUUGAAAGGAAAAUUAAAAAACGAAUAGACGAGUAUGGAAGACAAGUUACAAAUUAUGGGCUCCUCGGUCUAUCUCGGUUUAAGUAAUAUUUAUUUAAUUUAAUUAUUCCUUCUCAUACUGCAAAUUUUUGUUAGAGCAGAUAUUUGUCUUCUUUGAUUCACAAUAAAUUAUAGAAAAUUAUUUGACAACUAUAAAUGUUUUAUACCUAGCGAGAAAUAACUUUUCGAAUUGUCGAGUCAACAUCAACACGAUGCAAUAUCGAUGAUUUUGAUGUCAAUUAGACAUUGAUUUGACGUCGAUUGAUAGGUUAUUUCUCGCUUGGAUAGUAAAGAAAGAAUUGACUCCGAGGUAUAAAAUAUGUCUGGGAAUGUAUAAUGUAA